UAGAACGUCAGUUUUAGGAUUUAAGCCUAAAAAGAAACGAGAUUGUCGAACAGGCAGGUAUAAAUUUACAAAAAUUAAAAUAAAACAUAUACAACACGCAUUUCUUCCCAAUUUCAAUAAAAUUUGAUUUCCUAUAAAUUGAACAUCCAGGAAAUCAAUUAUAUAAAAGAACAAAACAAAAAAACAAAGUAAAAAUGUCCGUGGACGACUUCCUAAAAGGUCUUCCUUGUCACAAUGCCAACAAUUUCUCGCUCUUCAACACAGAGAACGGUAUUCGCACAUCACAAAAGCGUCCCUCUGUAUAUUUGCCAACGGAAGACAAUCCAGCUGAACAGGUCAUUGUCCUCGAGAAACGCUGUAUCCUACUGCGCUAUCUGACUCAGCAGUGGGACAAAAAGACAGUUCUCCGCAAACGUGAUCAUUCUGCCGAAGACGCGAACAAUCCGAGCAGUUGUAAAAAACGUCCGCGAAUGGAUCCAAUCGAAAUGAAUUAAUAAUACAUCAAAACAAUGAAUGAGGCUUUUUCAGUUUUUUUCAUACCUUUUUUUGUUUCUUUUUAUUACUUAUAAAAAACACCUGAUAAAUGUUUACUUUGUUCUGGUUAAUGAUUUUGUAAGAAUAAUAAUCUCUAUUUACUUUCUUUUUCUGUAAAACAUAUAAAUCUGUGUUUAUGUUAUGAAUCUGUAAGAUAACACAAACAUAUAUUUCUAAUUUUAUACUUUACAAAAAAGAUUUUUGAUUAGACUUUUAACAAGCAUAGAGUGCAUUUAUUCUGAAGUCAAAUUCAAAGAUUCUGAUCUGAUAAAUUAAAGUUAAAACAAUAAAUUAAAUUGUGAAACUGUA